AUGGCUUCUUCAUAUACAACCCCAAUUUACAAGAUCAGGGAGCUCCAGAUAUCACGUCCCGCCAUGCAGCGUCCUACCACCAGAGGCACGACGGGCACGACGGGCACGGCUGAGACCAGGGAUUCCAGUGGUAGCAUAGGUGCUGGCGGAGCGCGAAGAACAUCGCUCUCGUCUUUUCCGUCCUCCAGAUCCCCCAGCGCCAUGUCGAGACACUCCCGACCCUCGAGAUCUCCCAACCCGCCAAUGAUUGAUACCGAUGGUACUUCAAAUCCCAGCUCGACCUCGAAAACCCCCUCGAGUGGAGACUCCUCCCAGCACUCUUCCCUUUCUGCUACGAAGCGCUAUAACCCAGACGCCCAUCCAAGAAGGAAGCUCAAAUCCCAAUACCCACGCGGGGAAGCAGAGAACCAUGUUGAAUAUAUUCUAGUGGCUUCAUUCGAUAUUGACAAGGGGCCCAUAAUGGAACACCAAUAUCCUGUUGCAAUCACUGGUGAUGAGCACAUGCUGGCGGAGUUGAUGUUGCCAGACCAAGCCCAUGUUCGUAAUCAAGACUGGACGAUAUUCUUUCUGCACAAGGACACAAGCCAAGAGGAUGAGGAGGCAGAGAUGAAAGAGGAGAGGAAAAGAAGACGACAAAGGAGGAAAGAUAGAGCUGCUGGGCUGCUCGAUCACGAGGAUGUUGAAUCUGGUGAAGAGGACGAUGAGGAAGAUCUGGACAGUGAGGAUUCAGAUGGCAGCGAACCGGAAGGUGGAGAAGGUUCACCAUUGAUCUACGUCUUGAAUUUGGUUAAUACGAAGCAAGAUAAGACAGCUAAAAGAGGAGCUGUUGUGAAAGCUAUGGCGAUAUGCACGCGGCAUCCUUUCUUGCACAUUUACAAGCCAUUAUUACUGCUAGCCCUGGAGGAGUAUUUCAAGUCACCUCACCCUGCGACGCUGGCGUUGUUGUACGAAGCAGUAAAUACUAUGGACCUGUCAUUGAUGCCAAAGCUUAGUCUCCUAGAACGACAUUUAUUACAGGCGAGUGAUAACAAGGACUUAUUUGUUGAAAAGUUUGAACAGAUGAUUCAGAUGCGCAUGGCAGAGGAUAGAGGGGAGGUUCCGGAAGGAGCAGCCGCAAUGUCUGAAAGUCCCGAGAGACGAAUGGAUCUCACUCGAAACGGAACGAAGGCUCAUGUAGUCGCCCAUUCGAUGUAUUCGGUACCACGAGACACUCACGAAUUUGAGACGAAAGUGAUGUAUAAUGGAAUUCCAAUCCCGAUCAAGGUGCCGGUAGCGGUAUCACCAGAGACCGUUGGAGAUUUCUCUCUCAUCAAGCUCAUCCAGACCUUUGGAGAAACUCACGCGAAGUCACCCCAACCAUUUGCAUUACAUCCGCAUUUGACGACGAGCGGCGCGUACACUCAUCCAAUCAUCGUCCUGGCUAACGCCAUGUUGACACAGAAACGGGUCAUCUUCCUUGGUCACAACCGCCCCUCCGGCGAAGUCGCUGAGGCUGUUCUUGCGGCUUGUGCAUUAGCCUCAGGGGGGAUUCUCCGUGGUUUUACGCGCCAUGCAUUUCCCUACACUGAUCUGAGUAAGAUCGAUGAUCUUCUGAAAGUUCCUGGUUUCAUCGCUGGCGUCACGAAUCCUACUUUCGAGAAUCACCCAGAAUGGUGGGAUCUUCUAUGCGAUUUGCCCACAGGGCGGAUGAAAAUAAGCAACCGCAUAGAGGGUGCUCCUCUAACCGAAGGUCUUGCCCAAUUUCAAUCUCAGAAUCCAGGUUACGCGAAUCUUGUUAACGCCUCAUCUUCGACAAAUUCAGCGACCGAUCCCACGGGAGAUACAGCUUUCAUGGGAGACGUCUUGCGAAGUCUCGCUGCUAGGCAUGGUGAAGGUGUCAUUCGUGCCAAAUGGCGAGAUUGGGUCGAGAAAUUCACACGUGUAUCGGCAGCAUUCGAAGAGACUGUCUAUGGAGCAAGUGCCUUAUACAUUGGGGUAGAAGAGGCUGAGCCCGGAAAUGAAAAUGUUUCUGGCCAUGGAUACGUUUGGGCUGACGAGCCUUCGAAGCUCCGCGAGUUGGCUGGUAGCGUUCAUCGGAUUGAAGGAUGGAGAAACACUCGAAGCUACUUCAGUUUCAAACAGGAUAUUGCCCAGCUGUAUAACUUCAGGCCUUUGAAGGCACUUGACCUCCAUCACCUGCACGAUCGACUCCGAAUGACGAAAUUGACGCCGAGUACCAGCAGGGAGAUUUAUCUAGCAUUGUCUAAAUACACCCACUCUUACGAUGAGAUUUGCCAACUUCUCACAGUUGCGCCCGAAUCUCAUGCAGGGCUCUUUUACGUUGCGCUGGGACUGUUCCACAAGGACAAGGAUGUAAGGUUGAGGGUUGUUGACCUGCUGGAGAGAAUAAGCGAACAUGAAGCGGGUAGACAUUGGUGGAAAGCCCUUAGUCGCUUCGAAAAGCUCGCAUAUUAUCGCAUACGAAGAGAGGCAGAAGCUGAAAUGAGAAGCAAGCUGGGAGAAAAUGGAGAUGGGCCUCUCGGGAAUGGGCAAUCAUUGAUGACGGAGAAACGAAUAAGCUGA